UGUGAUCCGACCCUCUUGUCCUUGACGGCCAUGGAGCCAAGGACACCCCAGACCGAGCAGCUCCUCCUUCACCCAGAGCAGGGCCGAGACUGCCGUGCAUGGGGCCUCUCGGCGCUAGUCCUGCUCCUGCUGCUACCUUCCGCCGCCGGCCUUCUCCCUCCUUUGCUGUUCCGCGCGCAGCGGCUGGAGACGACAGUCCCCCUGACCCUCCUUGCCGGUGCGCAGGAGAAGGGAGCAGUGUGCUUGGACGGGACCCCGCCGGGAUACCACCUGCAGAGAGGCUCCGGCGACGGCUCGAACAACUGGCUCAUACAUCUACAGGGAGGAGGCUGGUGCAGCACUGUCCAGGAUUGUUCCAGCCGAAGAAAUUCCAGUCUCGGUCUCGGUUCAUCCAACUUCAUGAAACCGAUAUUGUUUGCCGGGAUCCUAGGCAGUGACCAGCAACUGAAUCCUGAUUUCUACAAUUGGAACAAAGUGUAUGUGCGCUACUGCGACGGGGGAUCGUUUUCUGGGGAUGCAGAAGGUCAAGCGCAGGAUGGAAGUACACUUUACUUCAGAGGAUUGCGCAUCUAUGAAGCGGUUAUUGAUGAACUCAUGGAAAAGGGACUUGGCAAUGCUACACAGGCUCUUCUUACAGGCUGUUCUGCUGGUGGUCUAGCCACGAUGCUGCAUUGCGAUGAUUUUAGUGCAAAAUUUCCUCGGGAGGUUUCAAUUAAAUGCCUUGCCGAUGCUGGGUUUUUUCUUGACGUAAAGGAUAUAUCUGGAGAAAGGACCUUUUGGUCUGUCUUUGAUGGUGUUGUUCAACUUCAGAAUCUUAGAAAGGUGUUGCCCAAGGACUGCCUUGCCAAAAAGAAGCCAAAAGAGUGUUUCUUCCCCGCUGAGCUUAUAAAGAGCAUCCGCAGCCCAAUGUUUAUUCUCAACUCCGCAUAUGAUUCAUUUCAGGUACGAUAUGUUCUCAUACCGGAUUCGUUGGCUCCUGAUAAGUCAUGGUUGAGUUGCAAAGAAAAUAUCCGGAACUGCAAUUCCACACAAAUGGAAUUCCUUAACGGAUUCAGGAACACGAUGGUGGAUGCAUUGAAGGUUGUCGAACAUAAAGAGAAAUGGGGAUUGUUCAUUGAUUCAUGCUUCACUCACUGCCAAACGGUCAAUGACACCUCUUGGAAUUCACCAUUCUCCCCGAGGCUUGGAAAUAAGACAAUUGCAGAGGCUGUAGGAGAUUGGCAUUGUGGAAGUAGCCGAAGAGUGAAAGAGAUUGACUGCGAGUACCCAUGCAACCCAACAUGCAGUAGACAGUUGCCUCCAUGAUUUAUUACUACACUUCACUGGAUCGCAACGAGAUUUGCUAUGGAAAGAUUCAAGAAAGAAGGUCCAAAUGCAUCUAGAAUUAUGCAAUGUUGUAUAUCAUAGUGACAACAUGAAAAGUGUAUGCUCAGCCUGAUGACCACACGUCAAGUGAAAAUUUCUGUUGUGUGAAGAUCUGAAAUUAUUCAUUGUACAUGCACCAAUUCAGCACGGGAAAUAUCUG